GGCUUGACCAUUAAAGGCCAUUGUCCGUCGAAUGAGAGGCAUCCAUUCCUCAGUUCGAGUAUCCAGCAUUAUAUCGCAACUCGCUUGACCAUGACCGACGCUGCAUCCAAGGACAAGAGACGACGCCAGAACCGGGACUCACAACGCCGAUUCCGAGAGCGAAAUAAAGCCCGGCAGUCUCUGAGCCUCUCCUUAGCUGGUCAGAUCGGGCCUCCCAUCUCCUCGCCAGUCUCGCUACUCUCGGGCUCAAACAGUACGUCGCCUGAACAGAACUCCGCCGCUUCACACAUCCCAAGCGGCACUUCAAGUCUGCUCUCUUCUGAGGGUCUUCCCUCGACUACCACCGAAUGGACGAGUGCUAGAGCGAUAACUUCGCCGUCCAGUCGCGGGGAUGUACGGUAUCGCCACACCCAAAGUUAUUACAGCAACCCAAGCUCCGCACCGCCGCAUCUGGGACUCCCACCUUUAGCCGCAGUAUACUCGAUGGACGAUAUGUCGAUGCUCAGUACAAAUCGGGAUGCUGGGAGCUACCACCAACAGCAGGACUUCGGGCACGUCAUGCAAGUAGCCGGGAGCGCGAAGGACGUGGUCCUUUCACCUAUAUCGUUGCUGGGCGCCGCCGACCUGCAGAUGGGCGGGACCGAGCCCUCGAGGCCGUCUCGGGUCGAGGAGCAACUGCGGCGGCCGCCCCGGCGGCGGGCGUCCGAGUCCAGGGCCGAGCAGAUGAUAUCCGACGUCGAGCGGUUGUACGAGUUCGGUGUGCACCUCUCCAUCUUCCCAGAGGACGUGUCCCUGCAGAACUCGCUACGGAAGAUGAAAGAGCGGUUCCGCGCCCUCGCGAGGACGGAUAUGUCGGCCGGCGGCGGCAUAGGUGGCAGCAGCGGCAGCCGUAAGAGCCUGGACGCCGCUAUCGGUAGCGGCGCAGCGAGCGACAUCUACGAAGGCUCGACUCGGGAGAGCGAUAGCGAGGAGGAGUCAAGCCUGUAUCGGCAAGGGCCCCAAAAAUCGGGCUUCUUCGAACGCCAGGACGUUGGCCAAUGCAGACCGGCAGGCUCCUCCCUGUCAUGAUAAUUCCCGGUUUCGAUGGCUUCGCCCGAGCACGACUAGGUGCUUUAUAUACCUACGUGCAUAUAUAAUAUCUACAUAGAGUGUAUCAGUAGGCAUAGGUAUAGGAUGCGUGAUU